CUGCCUGAUUUUGGGGGAAAAUUUAUGGUGGAGACCGACGCAUCCGGCACCGGGGUAGGGGCGGUCUUACUUCAACGGGAACAACUGGUCGCAUAUUUUAGCAAGAAACUCAGCCCGAGGCGAAUGGCAGCGUCGACAUACCACAAGGAAUUAUAUGCAAUUGUGGAGUCGGUGCAACGGUGGCGACAAUACUUACUAGGGCGGGAAUUCAUGAUUCGUACCGACCACCAAAGUUUGCGGGAGUUACUACAACAGGUGGUCCAGACUCCGGAUCAACACUUUUACAUUCGAAAACUCUUGGGAUACCAGUUCAAAAUAGAGUACAAAUCGGGGGCAGCCAACCGCGUGGUCGACGCCCUUUCACGGCGGGACGAGGCUGAUCAAGCGGGACAGCAGCUCCUGGCAAUUUCCUCACCUGUGCCGAACCUAAUGGAGGAAAUACGACGGGAAAACACCACCCAGCCGGACCUCGUUGCACACCACCAGGAGCACCGUGAGGCGCGACUGGCCGAACCCUAUUCGGUUACGGAUGGGGUCCUAUACUAUAAGCGGCGGAUGAGGACCGAUGUCAAGGCCUACGUCCAGAAAUGCCAUACGUGCGAAACUACCAAGUAUUCUACUCAACCGCCAGCAGGCCUACUCCAGCCCUUACCUGUGCGGACUCAAGUAUGGGAGGACAUCUCAAUGGAUUUCGUCACGGGUCUUCCGCCGUCGCGGGGCUACACAGUUAUAAUGGUGGUUGUGGAUCGUUUGACCAAAGUGGUCCAUUUGGGGGCAUUACCGGCUGGAUUUGAUGCCCAUCGCACGACACAUUUGUUCAUUGACAUCGUGGUAAAACUCCACGACUUCCCGAAGAUGAUUGUUUCAGACCGCGAUCGCGUUUUCCUUAGUAAUUUUUGGCGAGAAGCACUGAAGGCCAGCGGCACAACCUUGACGAUGAGUACUUCGUUCCACCCUCAAACCGACGGGCAGACAGAAGUCAUGAAUCGGGUAGUGGAGCAAUACUUGCGGGCCUUCACGCAAGAUAAACCAGCACGGUGGACAGUACUACUACUUUGGGCCGAAUAUGCCUUGAACACAAGCGUCCACUCUGGCCUAAAGGUCACCCCCUUUGAAGCAUUAUAUGGACGACCUCCUCCGUCGUUCCUACCGUACCUCCAGGGGGAGAGCAAGGUGCAGGAGGUUAACAAUUUCUUGCAGGAGCGUGACGCUUUACUACGACGGUUGCGAGAGAAUUUAAAAGAGGCACAACGGAGGAUGACUACGGCGGCAAACAAGCACCAGACAGAUUUGCAGUUCAAGGAGGGCGAGUGGGUACUGUUGAAGCUGCAACCUUAUAGACAACACUCUGUUGUACGGUGGAGUUCGCAGAAAUUGGCACGGCGGUACUACGGCCCCUACCGCGUGGCAGCCCGUGAUGACGCUACUUGGGAGCCCUACGACCGGCUUCGGCAACGAUUUCCCACGCUCCACCUUGAGGACAAGGUGGUUUCGCAAGCGGCGGGGAAUGUUACGCAUGGGGUGCAUGGAUCCCAAGAUGGGGGCGUGGACGAGCAGAAUAAGGCAACGGGCCGAACCAAGGAAAAAUGGGCCGAAGAAGAAAAGGAAUCAGCCCAGGAAGAACGUGGGAAGCCGCGAAAGUUGAAAAGCAUUAUAUUAGAUAUUCCACAUUCAAACUUGCUCCCAAAUGAUAUUGGGGUGAGAAUGCAGAAAAGAUUGAGCACUUUCUCUGGAUUUGUCCCAAAGCUUAAGAGGACCACAGGAAACUCAUCCGGACUCCUCAAAUCUCUCAUUGCCUACUCAAGGAUUAUCUUCUUCACUGGACUGUGCAUCAGAGCAUCGUAGAGACUUAUUCUUUGGGAUUUUUGCCAUUCACCCUAUGGAAGAUCCUCCUUGCCAAUCUUUGAGUUUUUAGAAAGUGAUAAAAACUGAACUGGUUU